AUGAACGACUUUGCACCUGCUCCUCCGGAGAUGCAGCCGCACAGGGCUCCAGGCCCCAGAACUUCUUUCUCUCGCAGCCACAUGCUGGGGCGUCACAGCCACCAAAAGCUCCCUGCAGAUGUGUCCCCCCUCAUCCCUGUCAUCAAGAAGACUGUGCAUUUGGAUGCCUUCCCCCAAAGCCAUGCUCUACAGAAUUCCAACCAAGCAAGCGUUAGAUCCAGGGCCUGGAGUGUGUCCCAGCAGGGCACUGGCGUGGGGUCCCUGGGUUCCAUGACUCCCAAUAGCUUUAUGCCCAGGAAACUCAGCUCGAUUUCCUUAACAAUUCGCCAGAACGUCCAAGCACGGCCCCUAGAUGCUUCACUUUCUCAUUGGGAAGAAUUGCCCAAUUUGCACAAGGAGGCUGUCACCCACAGAGAAGGAAGGCUGUCUGCUUCAAGUCUGCCACAGGUCAUGGCUCAAGUGCCACAGGUCAGGACCUCCUCUGAAGGCCAUGGAGACCCAGACCUCACCAAAUCCAACAGAACACCCACGGGGGACAAGCCUCUGGUGUCUUCAUGUCUGACUUUACCUUUCCAAGCUCAGUUCACUCAGAGUUCAGCAAGCCUUCCAGGGACAGGUCCCAUGGGUCAAGUCCAUACCAGAACCUCACCAGGAAGAGGCAAGUGCAGGCCCAGGGGUAUUCCCAGAUCCCGAGCACACCUCCAAAGGGCUACCUCUGCUACAAAUUUGUCUGUUGUGAGUGCAAAACUAGAUAAAGCCAGAAAUCUAGGCACAGUGGCUAUCAACAGACCGGAGUUAGCUAUCAAUAUGCCCACACCAAACCCAUCCAGACUUGUCAGAAGCACAGAGCUUCCCAUUUUGGAUGCCAAGAUGGGCCUGGCCAUCAACUUACCUGUAAUAUCCAAGUCAGGAAAAGCCACAGACUCUAUUACAGCAGGCACAGCCAGGAGUUUAGUUAGAGCAGGGACAACUAAGCCAGGCCAGGUUAUGAAUUUGGUAACUCCAGAGUCAGACGAGCAGGAAAAUGUCAUGCUUUUGACCACGGGGGGCUCAAACAUAGCUUUGCCAACAUCGGAUGAGGCCAAGAGGGACAUAACCAGGUUGGACACAGUUACAGCUUUGACUGGAACCACUGCAGGCAAGCAAGACACAACUACAGAUUCUCCUUCGUUGGACACAAGCAGACUAGGUACAACCGUGGAUUCAGUUGUGCUGAUCUGCCCAGACUCAGCCAGUGGUGAGACCAAGCCACACACUGUCAACAAUCUGACUAUCCCAGACUCCGAUACCUAUGAUACCUCUCCUCUGAUGCCGAGCAGAAGCACAGACCCAGCCCAGGACCACGCCACUGUGGAUGCUUCCACAGACAGUACCAUGGAACCCGCCUCGCUGGAUCUGGCCAGAGAAUCCAAAGGGCUCCCAGAGGCUAGGACGGACACAGCCAUGUCAGAGCUGGUACCCGAGCCCAGGCCUAAGCCGGCGGUGCCCAUGAAGCCGGUCAGCAUCAACUCCAACCUGCUAGGCUACAUUGGCAUUGACACCAUUAUCGAACAGAUGCGCAAGAAGACCAUGAAGACUGGUUUUGACUUCAACAUCAUGGUCGUUGGCCAGAGUGGACUGGGCAAGUCAACGCUGGUCAACACGCUAUUCAAGUCUCAAGUGAGCCGAAAGGCCUCCAGCUGGAACCGGGAGGAGAAGAUCCCUAAGACAGUGGAGAUCAAAGCGAUUGGGCACGUGAUAGAGGAAGGUGGUGUCAAAAUGAAACUAACAGUCAUCGACACGCCAGGCUUCGGAGACCAGAUUAACAAUGAAAACUGCUGGGAGCCCAUUGAGAAAUACAUCAAUGAACAGUACGAAAAGUUCCUGAAAGAGGAGGUGAACAUCGCCAGGAAGAAGCGCAUCCCUGACACCCGUGUCCACUGCUGCCUCUACUUCAUCUCCCCGACAGGACACUCCUUACGACCACUCGAUCUUGAGUUCAUGAAACACCUCAGCAAAGUGGUGAACAUCAUUCCUGUCAUUGCCAAGGCGGACACCAUGACCCUGGAGGAGAAGUCUGAAUUCAAGCAGAGGGUUCGCAAAGAGCUUGAAGUAAACGGCAUUGAGUUCUACCCUCAGAAGGAGUUUGAUGAGGAUUUGGAGGACAAGACAGAGAAUGACAAAAUCCGGCAGGAGAGCAUGCCUUUUGCAGUGGUGGGGAGUGACAAGGAGUACCAAGUGAACGGCAAGAGGGUCCUCGGGAGGAAAACACCCUGGGGGAUCAUCGAAGUGGAAAACCUCGGCCACUGUGAGUUUGCCCUGCUUCGAGACUUCGUCAUCAGGACUCACCUCCAGGACCUCAAAGAAGUAACACACAACAUCCACUAUGAGACUUACAGGGCCAAGAGGCUCAAUGACAAUGGAGGCCUCCCUCCGGUGAGCGUGGACACAGAGGAAAGCCACGACAGUAACCCGUGAUGAGCCCUUCUCUGUGUUAUCAUACAUAUCCCCCUUCGCCAACCACACACACAUCCUAGAUACCACCUCCAGCCACCUCCUCCUCUCAGCUCUGUCCCACAGGACUGUCUGGUAUUUGUGCAGUAUUUUGUCGAUAGUGUAUGUGUGCGUGUGUGCGUGUGUGUGUGUGCGUGUGUGUACGUGUGUGUGUGUGUGUGUGUGUGUGUGUGUGUGUACGUGUGUGCUCAGGGAUGAGGUAUUUUCAUCGCCCUCUUUGGAAAGUCCUUUGUAAGUCUGCUUUCUCCAUGACUCUCCAUUCUGUCUCCUUUUUUCUUGUGCUCCAGAACAAAAAGCUGUAAGCCUCACUCGAGAGGUCUGGGGAAGGUUUUAUUUUAAAAUGCUGGGAGCAGGUGAGCCACAGUCAACUCUUUCUUACUUCUGACCCACCCACAAACUGGGGCUGCAAGUAUUCUUCAUGGACUGGUGGCUGAGCUAGCCUGUGGUGGGCUGUGGGAACUCAGAACAACUUUUCACUGUAAGUUGAGGUAAUCUGGAGGAAGGCUAGGACUUCUUGGGAAAAUGGCAAGAAAAUUCAUGGGGUGCAGAGAAGAAAGCUAAGGGAUUCCUGCAGAAUUGGUGUCUGGAAAUGGAGCUCCAUCCUUGUGUCUAAGUUGGAGUCACUGUCAAACAGCGGAUUAUCACCACCGCUGCAAACUACUGCUUUCUGUGCCUACCCUCCCCAUAUUUCCAGGCUGGCUGGUUGCUUCCUCGUCCUGAUUUCUCUCCCCCCCCUCCCCACUCCUUUGCCUCCUUUCUUCAUAUACUCAUGCAUUUGCCCCACUUCCUGCCCGUCUCUGACCUUUUACCUCCUUUUAGAGUAAUCUAUGUUAGAUUUCUAUAUUUAGAAAUCAUACCCAGCCUACUUCCUAAAUUGACUUUCUACUGCCCUAAGAUAGAAUCACAACUAGGGGCUGAAGAGAUGGCUCUGUGCUUUCGAGCACCUUUCAGUCUUGCAGAGGACCCAGGUUCGAUUCCCAGCACCUUCUUGGUAGCUUACAGUUAUCUGUGACUCCAGUUCCAGAGGAUCUGACACCCUCUUUUAUCCUCUAUGAACAUGGUGUACAUACACACAGACAAACACUCAUAUGCAUAAGAUAAAACUUAAAAAAAAAAACUUAAAAAGAUAAGAUCCCAAGUGAAAGCAUGGAGCAGUACAUACUGAGAUUGCAAGAGAAUUCAGAGAUCUAGAGAAGCCUAGGAAAGCCAGUUUCUGUAGCUGACCACUGACAUUUGCUUUGACUUGGGAGCAGCCUGGGGAAAUGGGAGAACUUGGUAGUUUGAGCUGCUCCUGGUGUUCUGUUCAAGGAAGCACAUAAUAUUGGUCAAAUGAGGCAACCUUCAGGUGGAAGAAAUUAUAUUCUCGAACUUUCUGAAGUAUCAGAAAAAAAUAUACAGAGUUUCUUAGGCCGCUGGACUUCUACAACAAAUUUUAACGCAGGUUUCCCUGUCUCUAGCAGCCUAGCAGCCUAUGUUAAGCUGGCUUCUCUGUGGCUUUGUUUCAUAGAAGCCCAACUCACUCUUUCUCUGUUCUCAUUUGUCUGUCUGUCUUUCUUGGCUUCUCCCCUCCCGGCAUUCUCCUAACAUCUGAUCCUGUAGAUUUCCCAGAAAUGCCCAUAACUGUACAUUUAGUCUUCUGUUGCCUUCUCAGGAGCCCUGUUGUUGUUAACGACAUUUUUCCUGCUCCUUAAAAACAUACAAGUUAUUCUUUUUUUCUUGUAGUUUCUAAGGCUGCUUUAAGGAAAGCCAUUUAGCCUUAGGAAAGGGAAGACACCACGUGACUCUGUUUACAACUGAUCUAUCCACUGUCCCACCUCCCGGUCCAGCCUGGGUGUUGAACUGGUCCUCACUGAAUGCCAGCAUUUAUGACCUCAGUCCUUUAUUACCCAGUCCCUAGAAAACAAAACAAAAUAACAACAGCAACAAAAACAAAAAGAGAUGGAAGACCCAUAAUUCAUUGGACCAAUCAGAAGAGGAGAAAUGAUGGAGUCAUGUAACCCUGAUCCUAUGGUAUUAGCCUGUCCUGGAGACUGCUCUAUAACUAGCCCUCAUCCCUCUGCCCCCUUUCCCCGUAACAUUUACUAAAGAGUGGUCAGCUGUCAGGCUAGAAUGGUAGCAACAUUUUAGAGCUCGCUGACUGCUCCAGUGAGCCGCUGUCACCAUAUAGUGACAUGGGAUUGGGCACCUAGGGCCAGCAGGGGAAUGAGGAUAGUGGGCAUCAGAGAGGCUAAGCAGGAGAAAGCUUCCUGUCUCCCCUAAGCUGUGGUCUCGCUCUCCCUGGAGAAGCUGUUUUAUGUGUUUGCUGCCGGCUGCCGGUCUCCACUCCCUCAACCCUUCUCAACUCCCCCUGCAGGGAGAAGGCCUCCUGGGCACUGUCCUUCCACCUGUGCCAGCCACCCCCUGCCCCACUGCUGAAUGAAGGCCAUUUCAAGUGCUGCUUCUCCCUCAUCCCUCCCAGCUGGUAUUGCUGCAGGGCCACGCCCCUUUUAGUGCUGUGCUUGUCCAGCCCACCAGCACAGCCCCUCUCAGCCCUCAGCAGGUGGGAGGGGCUAGCUGCGUCUUUAGGACAGUUGCUUCCUCUGUUUAACCAAACGACUCCUCUCCUCCCAAUGGAAUGGAGUUCCCGCCAGCACCACCCUGCUCCAUCAUCUGUGUCAGCAGCCCACCCCCACCCCCGCCCUUGUGUAGGGAGGAGGAACUCACGGAGAGCUUCUCCUGCCCUUGCAAGUGCAUACCAGCGACUUGUAACUGUCUCCAAGGGAACCGGCAUUGCUUUCUAGCCAUUCAUCUGCAUGAGUACUUUCUUGGCUACCUUAAACGGUCAAGAAAGCAACUUUCCUGCUUGUCAGAGUCACUGAGGUCAGCUGUGUGAGCCCCUGUGUGGGACAAGGGUGUCUCCUUCAUUGCUUAAAGGUAUUUAUAAGGGUGAUUCAUUAUUCAUGGUGGGGAGCCAGAGGGCUAGCGUCACUUAAAAAAAAAAAAAGUCACCGCUGGUGGCUGGCCCAGUGAGUAUGUGUGUAGACAACCUGUUUACCCCAAACCAUGGCCAUCUGGGAAGUGGCUUUGCUGAAAAGAGGUUGCUGGAGUUGAUUUCCUUAUCCCUAAACUUUAAAAGAAAGGGAAUUAAACACACACACGGACUACCCCAAACCCACAAGCUAUACACUCUAGGAAGAAAAAUAGCACCCUUUUGUACAUUUAGCAAUAAGAGGACCUCUUCCCACCUACCCUGACUAUUCCUAUACCCAUCCCCCACCCUGUUAAUGUGAGCAAUGCAUUGGCCUGACCACGGGUGGUCGCUAUAGGCUAAUGGGAAAUCCCCAAUGGCGGGCAAAGCCCCCAUCAGAUGCAUGAAUGUUUGAACGGCUGCCACUGCCCCAUACACUGUGUCUUUAUAGACUCCUCCCUCAGCCACCCCACCUGCCAUCUCCACCUGGACACAACUUGCUCAAAGGCUGGUGACUUGUGGGCCAUUCAUCUACAAGUCCUGAUGGAACAAGAGGCCCAAGCCUAGGGGAUGCAAGAACGACCCAUUUUUAAAAUGUUAUUAGUCCCAGCCAAUGUUUUGGUGACAUUCCCAGUUUUGUUUCCCAAUUGAAAACAAGCCAACAGACACUCAGACUGGUCAUGUAAAUGUUGCUAGCCUCUGUUGUACAACUAAACAUUACUGUUUGAACAAUAA